CACAGAACACAACCUUUUGUGCGACUCAGUAAGAACGUAUGCGUGGAGCGGCGUAACUUCACGCGCGAGGUGGGCGGUAGCAGGGGCUCGGGCCGCGCGAGCUCCAGCGGCUCCUCGUGUUCCUCGGCGUCCGGCACGCGGGUCUGCGUCUCGACCAGCAUCGUCAACGGCGUGGCCACCAUCACCGAGAGCAUCAGCCGCUGCUGUCCCGGCACCGCGGCCAAGGCAAACGGCUGCGUCAAGAUUGCGGUCAAGAAAGCCCCGGAGAAGCUGCAGGAUUUGGAAUCGUUUGCGUUCCUGCAGCUGCUCAGAAGGGCUGGAAUGAGUGACAUGCUGGACGGAAAGUACACGAUAUUUGUUCCGGCAGACCCCGCUGUUCAGAAGCUUCUGCGGUCUCAUCUUUAUUUGGAGCAUUCUCCAGAAAUCCGUCGUAUCCUCGGAGGGCACAUUGUCGACGGCAUUCUCCCGGUGUCUCAGCUGACGUCACAGACGCCAGUGAUGACCCGCGCGGGCCCACUGUGGGUCACCCGGGGUCACAGAGGUCUCCUGGCGAACUGCGAGCCCCUCCUGUCACGUGACCGGCCCACGCCCGGAGGAGGGGUCAUCCACACAGUGGAAGGAGUGCUCCACUCCGACCGUCGGUCACUGGUACAGGUCGUCAGGGACAGGCCGGAACUCAGCACACUGGCGCAGAUGCUGGUCGAGACGGGUCUUGCCGAUGAACUAGACCGCCGCAGGUCGCUGACACUGUUUGCUCCAACGAACGAGGCGUUUGAGAAAAUCCAGUUGCCAGAGGAUGCCUACAUGAGAAAAGAGAUCCUGCGCUCCCAUAUUCUGAGCGGCUUGCAGUGCCGGGCCGGUCUGCCGGGCGGGGGCACGGACGGCCGCGGCCGGCCUACGCUCCUGUUUGCUGACGGCUCCCGGGGUGUGACGGUGGUACCCCGACUGCAGGAAGCAUCGAGUACCGUCCAACUGGCAGGUCCCGGUCUGAUCACCGCUACUGGCCUGCUGCAGACGGUCACACAGGUCAUCAUGCCGCCGUUUGCCGUGGCCACACUGACCACCCUCCGACGUCUGGAGGACUCUGCCAGGUUCGCCCAUCUCCUGGCCAACGCUGGGCUAUCCGAUCAGGCCAACGGAGAAAACGUGACUUUGCUGGUGCCACCGUCAAAGGAGCUAUCCGGCCUCCCUGACACGAGUCGCGGCCGUCUGCGUUCGCUGCUCUCCCCCCACCUCCUCUCCGGCUCCGGGCUGCGGCCGGAGCCGGGCGGUGCUCUCUGGGCACAACCCCUCUCCGGCGGCCGACCGCUCCUGGUCACAGCCCCCUCCCCGGGACCAGCGGCCGACCAGCCGCCGCUGGUCCAGUGCUCGGCCGUGCUGGGCCAGCUGGAUCUCGAUAAGCCAGCGGUGGAUGUGCUGGGGAUCGGCCAGGUGCUGACCCCGCCGGCAGCCGACCUGCUGACGGCACUUAAUAGCCGACCGGAGCUGUCCAACUUUGCCAGAGCUGUGCAGCUCUCCGGUCUGGCUGACGUCCUGGGUUCCGGUCUGUCCGACGAGCUAAGGGAGGGAGAUCUUCUCACACUACUGGCUCCUGUCAACCCGGCUCUGGUGGACAUCAGUUACCUUGAUACGACGCAAAAAGCGGCCGACUUUGUGCGCGUCCAUCUCAUUCGCGGUGCCGUCUGCUGCGGCGGUAUGAACCCCUACCUAACCCCAUACCGUCGGCUGGACGGUGGCCGUCUCUUGAUGGCCAGUUCGUCCGACGGCGGGGCCACGGUGCUUCCUUUGGACACGCUGGCCACGGGGGCGGUGGAUACAGUCUCCUGUGACCUGGUGACCUCCAAUGGGGUGCUGCACACGCUGCGCCGACCUCUGGAGGGGCCGGGAGCCGAUACGGACCCGCUCUCUGAUGUUUCUGAGCUACAGUUGUCGCUAUUUAUGCCCGCUGUCUGAGACAUGAGGUGUGAUAUCUGAGACAGGAGCUGUAAUGUUUGUCUUAUUUGAAAGAUUGAAUAUUUAUUCUAAAUGCGCAGUUAAUCAUCUGAGUACGAUUAUUUUUCAUAAUCGAUUGGAAACAUGUAAUAAAAUACACGAGCACAUUGUUCUAUGAAAAACAUAUAACAAAAACGUAA